AUGUCACUUGGUGGUUCUCCUGUGACCCUCGUCCAGCUGCCAGGGGGCCAGCUACAGGUUCAAGGCGUGAUCCAGUCUCCACAGUCGUCGGUCAUUCAGGCCCCACAGACACAUACUUCACAGACACAAGGUUCAGAUAGUGAAGACUCACAGGAUUCAUCGGAAAGUGGAACCACGCCACAAAAGACUAGGGAGCUCUUAGCCAGGCGACCAUCAUAUAGAAAAAUCCUAAAUGAACUUUCAUCUGAGGGUGUCCCGCACAGUGAGGGGAAGGACAGUUCGACAACCACGGGAGUGUCGGGUGUAACUAUACCUGCACCCAUUUAUCAGACUACCACCGGCCAGUACAUUACUGUAACUCCUAAUGGAACAAUCCAGUUGACAAAUCCAGGACCUGAUGGCAUUCAGGAACUACAGGUUGCCAUGGCCAACCCCACUGGAGGGCAGCAGGGCACAACCAUCCUCCAGUAUGCUCAGACCCCCGAUGGCCAGCAGAUAUUGGUACCAAGUAACCAAGUAGUUGUACAAGAUGCAGGGGGAGAGGUCCAAACAUACCAAAUUCGCACAACACCAACAUCGGGCUCACUGCCUCAGGCUUUAGUGAUGGCCUCGUCUCUGGGAAUGCCUCAGAGCAAAAGUGAGGACCCAACUAUGAAGAGGGAAAUUAGACUUGCAAAAAACAGGGAAGCAGCUAGGGAGUGUCGACGAAAGAAAAAGGAAUAUGUCAAAUGCCUUGAGAAUCGAGUGGCAGUGCUUGAGAACCAAAACAAAACCCUGAUUGAGGAACUGAAAAGCUUAAAGGAACUUUAUUGUGUCAAAACAGGUUAA